AUGCCGAUGGGAUCUCCAUUGUCACCGAUAUUAGCUGAUCUCGUAAUUCAAGAUUUGGAAAGUGAUAUUCUUACUGUUGCAAUACCUAACAACCAGGUUGAGGAAGUUUUAAGUUUAUUUAACUCAUAUCAUGAUAGAUUAAAGUGUACUGUGGAAGAGAGGGAUGAUGGUUCUGUAAAUUUUCUGGACGAAACUGUCAUUUUGAAGGAAGGACAGAUAAAAUUUGAUAACUACAAGAAACCGACGAAUUCGGGACGUUAUCUGAGUUAUAAAUCGUAUCACCCAGAAGAACAUAAGAGAGUGUUAAGGAAAGUUGAGAAAGAGAAAGAGGAACUUAAGAUCGAUUUGCGAGCUUCCCGUAUGGAAAUAAGCAACUUACGACAAGAAAUCGAAGAAGUAAAGAAGGAGGAAAAGAGUCUCAGACAGACCAUACAUCAGGCAGAUUCAGAUAUCGUACGUCAGAAGAAAAAUAUUGAUAACGUUAUGAAUGAGCGCGACAUACUCGGUACACAGUUGGUCCGAAGAAAUGAUGAACUGAGUCUGCAAUACAGCAGGAUGAAGGUUUGA